GCUUUAAGACAGCGUGUGGAAGAGGACGAGGGAGGGAAAGAAAAACAAGAGUCGACGACACAGGCGGAAGUCAACACAAACCACGGUUGUGACCCCGCGCUCAGCUACAAGAAUGGCGGAUGAGGAGGACGAGACUGGCUUCGACGAGGAGGUGGAGGACGGAUCCGGCGGAGUAGAUGUCGGCCACGGUGGGAAGAGAAAGAGGCUCUUUUCCAAGGAGCUCCGGUGUAUGAUGUACGGAUUUGGUGACGACCAGAACCCGUAUACGGAGUCUGUGGAUAUUCUGGAGGACCUGGUGAUCGAGUUUAUCACGGAAAUGACCCACAAAGCCAUGUCUAUCGGACGCCAGGGCCGCGUCCAGGUGGAGGACAUCGUUUUCCUAAUUCGCAAGGACCCCAGGAAGUUCGCCAGAGUCAAAGACCUGCUGACCAUGAACGAAGAGCUGAAGAGAGCCCGGAAGGCUUUUGACGAAGCUAAUUAUGGCUCAUAACCUUGUAAUGGGACACUCAUCUAAUUUGGCGGCUCAUUCCUUUUUAAAUGCUUUGAAUUGUUCAUUCUGUCUGUUCGUUGACUUGCUGUCUGAAGUAGACAGUGUUGUUUUUGACAUGUGAUGUACAUUAUUUUAUAUGGUGGUAUGACAGUGAUGAGCUAAGUGUUCACAUGAUUCUGUCUGGGACUGUUUAAAUAAAGUGACUUAAACAAA